AUGUAUAAGUUUAAAGUAAUUUUCUACACAAGGGGCAAGUUUGUAAAAGACCCUGAACUGAAAUAUGAUGGUGGGGAAGUGUAUGCUUUUAGUGGUCAAGAUGUUGACUAUUGGUGUUUCUUUGAGGCAUGUGAUUUAGUGAAGAGUAUUGAUCCUGAGUUUGAUUUUAACAUGAUUAAGAUGUGGUGGAAACAUGAAGAAGGAUCGUUUGAAGCAGAUUUAAAACCAUUCAGAGAUGAUGGAGAUUCUGCUGAGUUGGCUGCUUAUGCUGUUGGUCAUGAAACUGAAGUUGAGAUAUAUUGUGAGCCAAAACCAGAUGAAGGAGAACUGACUUUUAUGGACUUUGUUAGGCGAAAAGGGAAGGGUAAGUCUUGUGCAUCCGAGAAAGAACCAUUAGGUGAAUGCAGUGGAGAUUCAAGUGAUGAGUCUAUCAAGGAUGUACACUUUGAUGACGGUGAGGAAGAAAGGAUGCAUGGGUUUGAAGAUGACUUUGAGGAAGUAGUUGGUGUAGGUGUUACUAGUGAAAUUAGGAGUCCACCUGUUACAAACAAUGAUGUCCCUAAUGAACCAGACAAUAACAUAUUUAUUACAGAAGAGAUGGCCAAGGCACAUGUAAUUGAGGAGGAAUACAUGACAUAUGAAUUGGAUAGUGGAGCUAAUGAUGAAAGUGGUGAUGAUAGACCAUGUGUUAUAAGGCAGUUUAAAGAUGCUAUACUAAAGCACAAUGUUCUUAAUGGGAGGGAAGUUAAGUUUGAAAAGAAUGAUGCUAAUAGAUGUAGGGUUGUAUGUAAGGAUAAGGAGAAGUGUGACUACACUGUGCUAUGUAGUAGAGUCCUAACAUCCACUACUUUUAGGAUUAAAAUCUUGUAUUCUAAGCACAAGCGUGGAAGACAAUUCUUUAAUAAAAGUGCUAAAGCUGAUUGGGUGGUUAAGGUAAUUGUGGAUGGGUUGAAGAACAACACAAAGAUGAAGUUGAAUGAUGUGGUAGCAGAUGUUAUGCUUAGAUAUGCAACAGAAAUCCCAGGUUAUAGGGCAUUCAAGGCAAGGCAGAUUGCUAGACAGAUUGUGGAAGGUGACUCUAGUAAGCAAUUCAACCUCCUUUGGUCUUAUGGUGCUGAGUUAAGAAGGGCAUCCCCAGGGAAUACAUUCAAACACAACACAACAUGUUCUGGUGAAGGGUUAAAUCCAAGAUUUGAGAGGUGUUAUAUGUGUUUUGAUGGGACUAAGAUGACAUUAAAAAAAGCAUGCAGACUUUUCAUUGGAUUGGAUGGAUGUCACUUGAAGCACAAGUAUGGUUUAAUUCUGCUCAUUGCUGUAGGAAGAGAUCCAAAUGAUCAGUACUUGCAAAUUGCAUUUGGAGUUGUAGAAAAUGAAUCAAAAGACACUUGA